AUGGCCAGCGCCAGCGCCUUUUCGCCCGACCACAGAUUGGGCCCGUACAUAGGCGGGGAGGGUGCUACCAUCCCCGGAGUUUCAGGUCUCUGCGGGGAGGUGCUACCAUCCCCGGAGUUUCAGAACAAUGAACCGGAAGAGGAUUAUGAUUCAUAUGAGAUUGAAGAGCCAAGUGAUGAAGAAGGAGCCGGAAGCAGUUCUGAGGAUGAGCUGGAUGUUCCUCACAACGGGCCCCCGGAGCAGAAGAAGGAGCUGAUCAGAGAGUAUCUGACGGGGGAGAGCGAGUCCUCCAGUGGAGAUGAGUUUGAGAAGGAGAUGGAGGCAGAGCUCAGCAGCACCAUGAAGAGCCUGGAGUGCAGCUGGACGGCAUCUUCAGCUCAAGGUCAAACGUCUGGGACCAGUGACAGCACUGCCACUGCAAACAAGCAACAGACUGGGGAGUAUGACAGCAUUUACUUUGACUCCGACUCGGAUGAAGAUGGCACAGCUGGCAGCUCUCAGGGUCUGAGGAGGAAGCAGCGCUUUGUUCUCACAAAUGAUGAGCUGUUAUACGACCCAGACGAAGAUGAUCGCGACCAGGCGUGGGUGGAUGCAAAAAGAAAAGAAUACAGAAAGCAGAGGCAGCUGCCACCAUCAGCAAACAGAAGAAACAAACCACACGCUGUUCCAAGCAGUGACGCUGUCCUCAACUGUCCUGCCUGUAUGACCACUCUGUGCCUGGACUGUCAGAGGCAUGAGAAAUAUCAGACGCAGUACAGAGCCAUGUUCGUGAUGAACUGCACGGUCGACAAAGAGGAGGUGCUGCGCUAUAAAACCGCCAAUAAGAGAAAGCAGAACCGGCACAGGAAGAAAGCCCGUCAGGAGUACACGUCCUCAUCCACAGAGACUGAAAUGGAGUCAAGUGCAAGUCUGACUGAUGCACGCUUGGCAGGAAUGGACGAAGAAAAGAUAUAUCACCCAGUCAAGUGCACAGAAUGCUCCACUGAAGUGGCAGUGUAUGAUAAAGAUGGGGUGUAUCAUUUCUUCAACAUCCUAGCAAGUCACUGCUAAGGACAUUUACUGGACUUAUAAAUACAAACCACAUGUUUUGGUG